UGUCAAUGUCAUAGACAGAUGACAUCAUGUUGACGUCCUUCUUUUUUGCAGUUCUUAGCUGCGGUCGGUCGGCCAGUUCCCAACACCUAAAACGAAUCCUUUAAUAUCUGCAAAAUGAGGAUCUACAAAGAUAAACUGACCGGAGACGAAAUGUUCUCGGACACCUACAAAAUUAAGUUGGUGGACGACGUCAUUUACGAGGUGUAUGGGAAACACGUAUCACGUAAAGCUGGUGAUAUCCAGCUGGCAGGGGCCAACCCCUCCGCUGAGGAGGCCGACGAAGGGACCGACGAGGCCGUCGAAAGUGGCGUCGAUAUAGUUUUGAACCACAGGCUCCAAGAAUCUUUUGCUUUUCCCGAUAAGAAAUCUUACACUUUAUACUUGAAGGAUUACAUGAAAAAACUGAUUCCUAAACUAGAACAAGACGCUCCAGACCAAGUAGAUGUGUUCAAAAACAACAUAAACAAAGUAAUGAAAGACAUCCUGUCGAGGUUUAAAGAACUCCAAUUCUUCACCGGCGAGUCCAUGGAAAUCGAGGGUCUUGUCGGCCUAAUGGAAUACCGUGAUAUCAAUGGCGAAUCUGUUCCGGUCAUGAUGUUCUUAAAACACGGAUUGGAUGAGGAGAAAUUUUAGACUAAUUUACCAUAAUAUAUAUUAUAUUUAAUUUAUAUUGUAAUGAUAUACAGUAAAAAAUGUUUCUUUUUUUAUAAUUCUGGCGCCUGUUUUAAAUUUAUUCUUGUUAUUAAUGUCUUCGGUGUAAAAAAAGGUUACAGUUUUUUUUUUUUGCAAAUAAAGUAACUGGUUUCUA